CCAUAAUCCCAUCCCAUCUCAUCUCAUCUCACGUCAUCUCAUCCCCUCCACUACUUUUAUCAUCAUCUUCUUCUUCUUCAUCCUCAUCAUCAAUCAUUUAAUGCAUCUAUAUCCAUCUAUAUCCCAAAAACAAUCACAGUCACAAUCACACACAAAAUGCCCCAACUCCAACACCUCGCACCCACCCUCUCGCGCCUCUACCCAUGGACCACCAGCCCUAUGAUCGUGAGUGCACCCAUGCGCGGCAUGUCAGGCCCCGCCCUAGCCGUGGCAGUAUCGCGGGCCGGGGGGCUGGGCUUCGUCAACAAUGCCAUCCAAGACGUAGCCGCAGAUCUAGAGCAAGCAUCAUCUUUAAUAUCCUCAUCUGCCCUCAAAACAACACCAUCUCCCCAUCUCCCCAUCGGCGUGGGCUUCCUCCUCUGGGCCGACGACCUCGACACUGCCGUCGACGCCAUCCAGAAAUACAAACCCUGUGCGGUAUGGCUUUACGCCCCACCUAACGGCCAAGCAGAUCUAGAUACCUGGUCCCGAGGGAUUCGUGCCGCGUCACCGGGAACUCAGAUCUGGAUCCAGAUCGGGACGUUGUCCGAGGCGAGGAGUAUCUUGAAAUCGGCAGAGAAACCCGAUGUGGUUGUCGUUCAGGGAGCAGAGGCAGGCGGUCAUGGGCGUGCUAAAGAUGCAAUGGGUUUGAUUUCGCUCUUACCGGAGGUGGCUGAUGCGAUGGCGGGGAGUCAGAUCCCGCUGUUUGCUGCGGGCGGGAUAGCUGAUGGACGGGGAGCAGCGGCGGCGCUGUGUCUUGGUGCGUCUGGGGUGGUCAUGGGGACGAGGUUCCUGGCCGCGAGCGAGACGAGAAUCGCGCGCGGGUAUCAGCAGGAGGUUGUGAGGGCGGAGGAUGGGGCUGUGGGGACUACGAAGACGUUGUUGUAUAAUCAUCUACGGGGGACGUUUGGGUGGCCCGAGGAGUAUAUGCCCAGGACGGUUAUUAAUCGGUCGUGGGUGGAGCAUCUGGCUGGGAAGGGAUUCGAGGAGUUGAAGGUGCUACAUGAUGAGGCGGCGAAGCAGGGGGAUCAGGCAUGGGGACCGGAGGGGAGGCUGGCGACGUAUGCGGGGGCGUCGAUUGGGUUGGUUCAUGAGGUUAAGGAUGCGGAGAGUAUUGUGAGGGAGGUGAGGGAGCAGGUGUUGGAGCGAUUCGCUUCCAUGGGGGGUCAGUAGUCUAGAUGUUGAGGUCAUCACCGUCUGAUUUCUUCAUUGUCUAUUCUGAUAUGCUGUUUGACAAUUCACGACCAUGAUGAACAAGGGA